CGCUUGUCCUUCACGUCCGCCUUGAGAGCCGAAAUGACAGCCUUCAGCCGCCUCGCCUCCGCCGCCUGCGCGGUGGCGACCGAGAGGAGGAGAUUGCACGACUCGCGGCACUCCGUCUCGAGCGCAUGGAUGGCUCGUCACGCUGGCCGAGGACAAUGGCGUCCUCCCGCCGCGUCAGGCAGCUCCGCCCGAGGCCUUCCUCUCGCUCGAGGAGGUUCGCAUGAUGACGCCGAUGGGCCACUGCGCCGGGUACGAGCGUAUUAACUUGCGCAUCAUCUGCGUCUCGCACACAUGGCUUCAGCCCGAGCAUCCCGACCCCUUCGGGUACAACCUCCGUCGGCUUGGGCGCGCACUCAAGCUGCUUCUCGAGUCGCCGCACCACUGCGGCCGCUGGGGCGUGUUCAUCGACUGGAUCUCGCUGUACCAGGCCUGCCGCGCGCCUGAUGGCACCGUCCUCAAUCGCGCACCGUCCUUUCCGACGGCUCAUGCGGACGGCGGCUCCCUUCCGAGGACGUGCUCUUCCGACAGGCGCUGCGCAGCCUCGGCCUCUUCUACUCACACAUGGCGACACAUGUUUUCAAGCUGACCUCCUUCCCGGUGGGGUAUCCCGGCCCGCCGUACGAGCUGCCGCCGGUCGCCAACCUCGCCGGCUACGACGCACGCGGGUGGUGUUAUUGCGAGUCGUCGUGGGCGUCCAUCGGGAACAAAUGCCCCGAUUUGGUCAUCGACCUGCACGACACGCACGGCGCUGACAUGUCCGGCGUCGACACGGGCGAGGCCGAAUGCUGGGCGUCGCUCCUGCGCGGCGGCCAGCUGCGGCGCGACCCACCUAUCUCACCGGCACGUUUUGAGGCGGAGCUCGCCACCCGCUCCUUCACCAACGGCAAGGACGACAAGCCCCUCGUCGCAAAGCUAUACCGCGAGGGCUUCACGGCGCGUAUGGGCGUGUGUGCGCGUCUCGUGUUUGCCGGACACGGCUGGGGCCCGGCGGAGGUGGCGACGAUGGCAGAGACGCUCUCGACGGGCUGUGCCCACAACCUCGAGAUGCUCGUACUGCUCUCCAAUCCCGUCGGGGACGGUGGUGCGCUCGCGAUCGCCGGAAUGCUGCCGCACGUUCCGAAGCUGAGGCUCAUCCUCAUGGGCGACGCGACGGUCGGCACGGAGGCGACGGCCGCGCUGCGUGCCGCGUGCGAGGCGCGUGCGGUCGACCUUCGCAUGAUCAGUAAGGUUGGCGAGGUAAUGUGGUGGGGUCUGUGCGCGAGCGUGCACAGCGUCCACGACGCGCUGGGCGAGGGAGCACUGGAGUGACCUGAAGAUCCUGUGAGGCCUGCUCUUGGCGGCACAAGGGUCAGUCGGGGGGACCAGCGCGAUCGCGCGCAUCGUGUUGACGAUGUCUUGUUCGAGGUCUUGUAGUUCGAAGCGACCGUGAAUUUC